GCUUGAAGAUCAGCCGCCAUCAUGAAUGACACGGUAACUAUCCGCACAAGGAAGUUCAUGACCAACCGACUACUUCAGCGGAAACAAAUGGUCAUCGAUGUCCUUCAUCCUGGGAAGGCAACAGUACCUAAGACAGAAAUUCGGGAAAAACUAGCCAAAAUGUACAAGACCACUCCAGAUGUCAUCUUUGUGUUCGGAUUCCGAACCCAUUUUGGUGGUGGCAAGACAACUGGCUUUGGCAUGAUUUACGAUUCCUUGGAUUACGCAAAGAAGAAUGAGCCCAAACACAGGCUUGCAAGACAUGGCCUGUACGAGAAGAAAAAGACCUCGAGAAAACAGCGAAAGGAACGCAAGAACAGAAUGAAGAAAGUCAGGGGGACUGCAAAGGCCAAUGUUGGUGCUGGCAAAAAGAAAUGAAGUGUCUAGCAGUGAGCUGGAGAUUGGACAACAGAAGGAAUAAAGACUCUGCAGUGACUGUGUCUGUGGUGAUUGUGCAGAUUUUUCAUGAGAGAGUUAAUAAACUAAGACUUUUUACAUA